UAGACGAAAGCGAGGCUCGGAAUCCCAGAAUAGCUGGCGGGCGGGUCUGGGCUCAGCUGUCUGUCCUCGGCUGUACGAGGGAGAGAUGCACAGGGCUGGAAGAUGGCAGAGCUGCAGAUGCUGUUAGAGGAGGAGAUCCCCGCCGGUAAGCGGGCGCUGAUCGAGAGCUACCAGAACCUCACCCGAGUGGCGGAUUACUGCGAGAGCAACUACAUCCAGGCUCCAGACAAGAGGAAAGCAUUAGAAGAGACCAAGGCCUACACCACCCAGUCCUUGGCAAGUGUUGCCUAUCAGAUCAAUGCAUUGGCCAACAAUGUUCUGCAGUUGCUGGACAUCCAGGCUUCCCAGCUGCGGAGGAUGGAGUCCUCCAUCAAUCAUAUCUCCCAGACUGUGGACAUCCACAAGGAGAAGGUGGCCCGCAGAGAGAUUGGCAUCUUAACCACCAACAAGAACACUGCCAGGAGCCAUAAGAUCAUAGCUCCGACCAACAUCGAGCGUCCCGUCAGGUACAUUCGAAAGCCCAUAGACUACACGGUGCUUGACGACGUAGGCCACGGAGUGAAGUGGCUAAAAGCCAAGCAUGGAAGUAACCAGGCAGCAAGAACUGGAACUCUGACCCGGACAAAUCCUCCUACACAGAAGCCACCCAGUCCACCCAUGCAGGGUCGGGGUACCUUGGGGCGGAAUACCCCAUACAAAACCCUGGAACCCGUCAAACCUCCUACGGUUCCUAAUGAUUACAUGACCAGUCCGGCUCGGCUCGGAAGUCAGCACAGUCCAGGCAGGACCGCAUCUCUGAAUCAGAGACCAAGAACACAUAGUGGAAGCAGUGGAGGAAGCGGUAGUCGAGAAAACAGCGGCAGCAGCAGCAUUGGCAUUCCUAUAGCUGUGCCAACACCUUCACCUCCAACUAUCGGGCAAGGUGUCUCUGGUGGUCCCACACCUUCACCACCACCUCCUCCACCGCCACCACCUCCACCCCCUCCACCAGUUGGCGGUGGCCCGGCUCCCAGCUCCCAGUUUGGCUCUAUGGCAAGACAGAUCUCUCGGCACAACUCGACCACGUCUACUGCUUCUUCUGGGGGAUACAGGCGGACGCCUUCUGUGACCUCCCAGUUCUCAGGUCAACCUCAUAUCAAUGGUGGGCCCUUGUACUCUCAAAACUCAAUUUCUAUCGCUUCUCCCCCUCCCCCAAUGCCUCAAUUGACUCCACAGAUACCUCUCACAGGCUUCGUGGCCAGGGUGCAAGAAAACAUUGCCGAUAGUCCUACACCACCACCUCCGCCCCCACCUGAUGAGAUACCAAUGUUCGAUGACUCUCCCCCGCCACCACCACCACCCCCUGUAGACUACGAGGAAGAAGAAGCUGCUGUGGUCCAAUACAACGACCCGUAUGCAGAUGGAGAUCCGAUAUGGGCUCCUAAGACGUAUGUUGAGAAAGUUGUUGCCAUUUACGACUACUCAAAAGACAAAGAAGACGAGCUGUCCUUUAUGGAGGGAUCGAUAAUCUACGUCAUCAAGAAGAAUGACGACGGCUGGUAUGAAGGGGUCUCCAAUGGAGUCACGGGCCUCUUCCCCGGAAAUUAUGUUGAAUCAAUCAUGCACUAUGCGGAUUAAUGUUUUUGCCUCUUCAUAUAACUUUUUUUUUUUUUUUUUUCCUCCCCCUCUAAAUUCAGUACUACGUGUAAUCAGAUUUUAAAGUUCAAUUUAAGAAAUAAUGUCUCUGUACAAAUAAAACUAUUUUUAACCCCUUUAGUGUCGGAGACCUGCUCCUGCACCAAAAGGGUCUAGACUAAAUUAAUCUAGAGAAUAAAUUACCCAAAUGCCUCAAGGCCAAUUGGUUCAUGGACCUAACAGACCCGGCCCCAGUUUACGCCUCUUUAUUACUAUUCUUUCUUUAUUUUAAUUUUUUUCGGAUCAGUACUUCAUUGGGAAGUAGGGUUUCACGUGUAAUAACUCGAUCAGUCAUCUUGUGCCACUGACCUAUGUUUUUCAUGCAGCAUGAAAACUAACACUACGUUAGGCUACCAUUUGGACUUCCGAAUCGAUGCUACUGCUGGUUGUAUUUCCUUUCUUAAUAACUGCUCAUUCUUUUAGUAUGGAAACUAAAAUCAGUUUUUAACGCAUGCGUACAAAAAAAGAAAAAAUCCUUUUAUGUACCGAAAUAUUUUUAAAAAAAAUCCGCAAUGCUUCCAAAAUACUUCUUUUAAAUACUCACCGGUUUAAAAAAAAAAAAAAUUAAUUGUCUGUCUGUGUAAACGAUGCUGGUUGUAAUCUGUAUUUCGUCAUUCGUACCGCUUUAACCACGCGCCGGCCGUUUCGAAGACGCCACCCUUCAUCACAGUUGUAUUUCCCCGUUUUUUAAUGCUUGCAGCAAUGAUUGAUUUAUUGAUAUAUUUUCCAUAAGACGGAGCCGCAUCAUGGACAAUGAAGUGUUAACCUAAAGGCACAACUCCUCCGGAUAGUAGCACAGGAAGACGAAAAUCCUGUAUGCUUCUGGAAUUUUUUAUUUUAUUGGAAAUACCUGAUUUUUUUUUUAUUUUUUUUUAUCCUGUCUCUUAAUAAACUGUAUGUCUACAGCUCAGCGGUGCAGCUGCCAUCACAGCAUGUCUUAAACACCAUUGUGCGAGCGUUCGGACCUUUUUAAUAUGAGCUCAUUUUGUAUUUCGUGGUUGGGAUUGAUUGCGGUCAUGGGACCGGGUGGCAUGGCCUUGUCCUACGUGCCUAUGAGACCACUCUGAUGUCGGCACAACCAUGUCCUAAUGAUUCCAGCCUCUGCAGCCAGGCCUACAAAUGUAUAAUCUUUAAUCUAAUUUUUUAAUCUGAUUUGCUCUGCACUGUGGUCAUUGAUGUUAUUGACUUAAUGCUUUACCUGUGGGCGCAGCACUACCUGUCACACAGGUCUGGUAAGAAAAGUCCAUUUCUGCAGUUUUCAUGUGGGUGGAUUGUAAAUGUGCAGCAUGUAUGAGACUAUGUGAUGUUCAAUGCAAUGUUAUAAAAUGUACAUAUAUCUGCAUUUAGACAUUUUUAUUUUCUAUUCUCUAAUUCCUCCCCCCCCCACCCCCACAUGCAGUUCUGUAUGAGCAGGGAGCGUCCCGUGCCUCUGGCGUCCAAUUAAUUAUAUAGUGUAAGGGUCCCCGAUCCGGCUCAGCUGGCCUAACCUGAAAUUCCUCUCCAUGCAACAACAUGGGGCCCACGCCUUGCAUCCUGUCCUUAUGAAUCAGGUGAAGGGGAUGAAGACAAAGGGAAAUUUUGUAUGAAGUGUUCAGAUUUACUGGAGACGCCUUUAGGCUGCACAGAAAAGAGGACCAGUCGCUCCUCCUCCGCUUAGUAAAUACUUGCCUCAGAAUUAUUUUGUAAAAGAAUACAGCUUUUCUUUUGAAACUUUGUUUCCUGCAGUACCUCUAUUAUUCCUCCGGCAAUAACUAAAUUGACAACUGGGUGUUGGUGAUGGCCGUGUCACCUGCAGAUCUCAAAACAAAUUCCAUGUGGAGUUCUGUGCGUUUCCACUCCAAAAACCACACGUGUUACUUGUGGUUUUACAUGGCAAAGGGUGAAAUCUGCACCGAAAAAACUAUCGCAUUAGGAAUUGACAUGCUGCAGAUUUCAAUUUCUGCAUCAAGUCUCGUACUCUUUGCAGAGGUACUGUAUUACACUGUUUAUUACGCACAAAAUAACCGCAUGUAAUCACAACGUGUGCAGGUAGCCUUAAGCUAAUUUCGGAGUAGCGUGCCCACCCAGUGUGGGGUGUGAUUUCCCCAUUAUGGACAUUGACCCUUUCACAACACUGCACAGCAUUCUAGUGAUUUAUAAUGCUGUGUGCAUCUGCCUGACCUUGCGUCUACUGAAUUAGGGCUCUUGCGGCCCUGCAAUAUUUGGUCUUCGGCCAUUUGUGCACCUCAUCGUGGAUGGUGACCCAUUCACUAUGGAGUGCUUCUGUAGUUUUCUGUCU